AUCGAACCAGUCAUGCGUAAACACUCAAAACAAUCGACAGGAGGCCAUUUCGAGUGCUCAUUCAAUUACGGCAUGCUCCCUAAGUGUGAAAUGUAAAAGCAAUGGUACAUUCUACGUCGGAGGAAGUGGAGCGAAACGCAACGACGGAUAUGCGUUCGCGCGUCAAAUACCAUCCGCUCAAAUCACGUUCGAAAGCCUUCGUACUGGCCAAUGCAGUCUUCUCGAAUGCUUUCAUCCGGAAGUAUGGCAUAUUUAGCAUUAUACUGUGCUUGGGUUUGGGCUAUCUGUUCUACACUCGUGUUCUGUUCGUAAGUAGAUUUUUCGAGCAACAAUACAUUUAUCAAACGCUGCCUCUCUACCAAAAAAGCAUUCGAUUGCGAUUGGGUUAUUCGGAGGACUACGAUGACCAACUGGAUGAAUGGAAACCGAUAGGCGAUCCAUCGGAACGCCUUCAAAUAUAUUCGGCCUUUUUCGAUCCGCGAUUGGAGAUCGUCCAUAACUUCAGAGUCGCUGACGGGACACUGCCGUUUGGAAGUGUACGCAUAUUCACCAUUCUUCCACUGAACGUACGACGCCGGGAGGUCUACUGUCACUACAAAUAUGCGAACAACAGCACUGUGUGGCAUCGGGCUGAUCAAGUGGAGCCCAUUCACGAGAACUUUGGGAUGGAAUUCUCGGCCGCGUUUGUGGUGUGCAAACUGGUUGGUAACAAACAUCAGGUGGAUAUUGAGCUGCCGGUGGAUGUCGGUUUAACGUACGAUCAGGAGUUGAGUACGAUGCAGCCCGCCAGCUUCGUCAGAAUACACUACCCCAGCGAGCAGGACCUACUCCUCCGGUUGCCCCCCAGCCGGAAGUUGGCCAUCUGCGUGGCCCCAGCCCACCACAAUUACAGCGACGCGGCGAGGAUGGUGGAAUUCGUUGAGUACUGGCAGCUGCUCGGGGCAGAGCGAUUCUACUUUUACAAUAAAUCCAUCACCGCCGAAGUGGACCGGGUGAUGAGUUACUAUCGCGAGCAAACCGUGGCCGAGGUGCUUCCGUGGAAUCUGGAGGGCUAUGAGUUCGAAAAGGAUCUGCGCUACGAGGGAAUUUUCGCCGCCCUGAACGAUUGUCUGUACCGGUCCACGCUGGUGGGCAAUUUUCACUACACAGCUCUGGUGGAUUUCGACGAAUUCCUGCUCCCACUGAUGGGAACGAAGAAUGGCACAUCGGAGGAGCAAACGUUGGUCCAGUAUCUGGAUGCCCGGGGUCUAUUUGACGUGCAUUCGUUCAGCUUUGAGGCGGUGUUUUUCUACGAGUUUUACGAGGAGGAUUAUGGGCAGGUGCCGAAAUGGGCAAAUAAUUCGUAUUUGUACACGCAAGUUCGAACGCUACGGACCAAGAGGCCAUUGAUGCAUCACAACCGCAGCAAGUACGUGGCCGUCGGGAGAAACGUGAUCGAAGCGGGGAACCAUUUUGUGUGGCAAGCGAUGAGGGACACCCACGAGCUCCGAGUCCCGGAACAGGAAGGUCUACUAUUUCACUAUCGAGAUCAGUGCAUCGGUUAUGGCUGUGAAACGUUCAUCGAAGAUACGAGGGCCCGUCGUUUUGCGGAAAGUAUUUACCGCGCUGUGGACUCCGUUUGCCAGCAACUAUUUACCGAUCAAGGUGGUAUUUGCCCAAUGGGGAACAAGAACGAUUGACCCAAAUAAUCGAAAGCAUCAUUUCUCAGUUACUUACUUUAUUGCUAUCAUUACACUUAGAACUUAUUUAAUAGUAUAUAUGAAACCUUAAAUAUUAAA